GCUUUCUUUCGUAGUAAACCACUCUCUUCCCCGCAGAAAUCCUCUCUCUCUCUCCCUCUCUCUCCCUCUCUCUCCGUAGCCCUCCUAGGGUUUCUUCUCCGUCGUCUGUCUCGUCUUCUUCUCCGAGAUCCCCUCAUCCUUAGCAGCAGAUAAUGGGUUCCGAUGAAGAUAAAGCGCUACUACCACCGCCUCCACCUGUCCUUCCUUCCAACCUCGUCCCUGAGCUUGACCCCGUCAAGAAGAGCAUGAUUCUUCCGAUGGCCCGGCGUGGCAGUGGGUCCAAGGGACAGAGGAUUCCUCUUCUCACCAACCACUUCAAAGUCAACUUCAACAACGCAAACGGCCACUUCUUCCACUACAGCGUUGCUAUAACGUACGAAGAUGGCCGUCCAGUGGAGGCUAAGGGAAUCGGCAGGAAGAUUCUCGACAAGGUUCAGCAGACCUAUCAGACUGACUUGGGCUCCAAGUACUUUGCUUACGAUGGCGAGAAGACUCUCUUCACUGUUGGUCCUCUUCCCAGCAACAAACUUGACUUCUCUGUCGUUCUUGAAGACGCACCCUCCAGCAGAAACAACACUGGAAAUGGUAGCCCAAGUGAAGGCAAUGACGCUGACAAGAAAAGAACAAGGAGGCCCAACCAAUCCAAGAAGUUCAUGGUGGAGAUAAGCUAUGCGGCGAAGAUUCCCAUGCACGCUAUUGGAGCUGCUCUCCAAGGAAAAGAAACCGACAGCCUUCAAGAUGCCAUCAGAGUGCUUGAUGUCAUUCUGCGCCAGAGUGCAGCUAGGCAAGGAUGUCUUCUUGUUCGCCAGUCGUUCUUCCACAACGACGCUCAGAACUUUGUACCAAUCGGUGCAGGUGUUAUUGGCGUGAGAGGGUUCCAUUCCAGUUUCAGAACCACUCAGGGAGGCUUGUCCUUGAACAUCGACACUUCAACUACGAUGGUAGUUCAACCUGGCCCUGUUAUUGAGUUCCUUCUGGCAAACCUGAAUGUGAAAGACCCAUACUCUGUUGACUGGAAGAAGGCUGGACGUGCGCUCAAGAACCUCAGGGUUAAGGUUGCUCCCUCAAACCGAGAGUACAAGAUAAGUGGACUUAGUGACAAUCCCUGCAAAGAUCAAUUGUUUACUCGGAACUCCAAGAACGAGAAGGGGGAAAUUGUGGAGACUCAGACAACUGUGUAUGAGUACUUCACCGAGUUCCGUAAUGUCCCACUGAAGUAUUCAGGUGACUUCCCUUGCAUCAACGUUGGUAAACCAAAGCGCCCUACUUACAUCCCCAUUGAGCACUGUGAGCUUGUGAGUCUUCAGCGUUACACAAAGUCGCUUACCAAUCUUCAGAGGGCUUCCCUUGUUGAAAAGUCUAGGCAAAAACCACCUGAGAGGAUGAAUUCCCUAACAACUGGUCUGAAGAACAGCAAUUACAAUGCUGACUUGGUGUUGCGAGAAAGUGGUGUCAGCAUUGGCUCUAACUUCACCCAAGUGGAAGGGCGCAUCUUACCAGCACCAAAGCUGAGAGUUGGCAAUGGAGAGGACUUUCAACCUCGCAAUGGGCGCUGGAACUUCAAUAAUAAGAGACUGGUUGAGCCAACCACUGUCACCAGAUGGGCUGUUGUGAACUUCUCCGCACGCUGUGAUACUAACAGGCUCAUUCCGGACUUGAUUCGCUGCGGAAACAUGAAAGGAAUCAACGUGGAGCCUCCUUACGAAGUGGUCUUCCAAGAAAAUGCUCAGUUCAGGAAUGCGCCACCACAUGUCAGAGUUGAGAAGAUGUUCGAGCAGAUCCAAUCCAAGCUCCCAGGGAAGCCUAAGUUCCUUCUCUGCAUCCUCGCAGAAAGGAAGAACUCUCACAUCUAUGGUCCUUGGAAGAAGAAGAAUCUUUCUGAACUCGGAAUCGUGACCCAGUGCAUUGCUCCCACCCCCAGAAUCAAUGAUCAGUACCUCACCAACGUUCUCCUCAAGAUUAAUGCGAAGCUGGGUGGGUUAAACUCUCUGCUAGCCAUGGAGCGCUCACAGGCAAUGCCUGCAGUUACGCAAGUUCCCACAAUCAUUGUCGGGAUGGAUGUUUCCCAUGGUUCCCCUGGCCAGUCUGAUAUCCCAUCAGUUGCUGCGGUUGUGAGCUCCAGGCAAUGGCCACUCAUCUCCAAGUAUAGGGCAUGUGUGCGCACACAGUCUCGUAAAGUGGAGAUGAUUGACAAUCUCUUCAAGCUCGUCCCGAACAAAGAAGAGAAGCUCGUUGACGAGGGAAUUUUCAGGGAGCUCUUGGUCGACUUUUACGCCAGCUCCCAGAAGAGGAAACCAGACCACAUCAUCAUUUUCAGGGAUGGUGUGAGUGAGUCACAGUUUAACCAGGUUCUGAACAUCGAGUUGGACCAGAUGAUGCAGGCAUGCAAGUUUCUUGAUGAGACAUGGAACCCCAAGUUUACGGUGAUCAUUGCCCAGAAGAACCACCACACCAAGUUCUUCCAGGAUAAGGGCCCUGACAAUGUUCCUCCAGGGACAAUCAUUGACAGCAAGAUCUGCCACCCUCGCAACAACGACUUCUACCUCUGCGCCCAUGCUGGAAUGAUUGGAACAACAAGGCCAACUCAUUACCAUGUGCUGUACGACGAGAUCAAGUUUACCACUGAUGACCUCCAGGAGCUUGUGCAUUCUUUAUCCUAUGUCUACCAGAGGAGCACCACUGCCAUCUCAGUUGUUGCACCGAUUUGCUAUGCUCAUUUGGCGGCUGCACAGAUGGGAAGUGUAAUGAAGUUUGAGGACAUGUCCUUGUCUGAGACUUCAUCGAGCCAUGGCGGGAUCACUACAUCCGGAGCAGUCCCUGUGCCGCCCAUGCCAAAGCUGAACCCGGACGUUGCGAGUUCCAUGUUCUUCUGCUGAAGCAACCAAGUCCAGUCCACCACGGCUUCUAUCUUUUUCUUUUGCUUAUGAGAUCGUAUACCAACCAAACUUUUAAACGCCCUGUAGGCUCUUCUGCCGAUGCUUCCACGUUGUUUUGCAUCGGUCCUUUUGUCUCGAUACUUUUUAUGUUCGUCUGUGUGUUUUGAAUCUUUUGAUGGGUGUUGGUUGUGAGGAUAUUUUAUCUAUCUUUUAAGACUCUAUUGUUGUUUUUA